CAUGUGUAUUUUCAACUACUGAUGACUUAUAUGUCUUCUUUGACUACAGCCAGAAGUGACAUGGAGCCCAAAUAUAGAUUUCAGAGAUGUGAAAGAGUGAAAGGAAGAUGUAAAACAUUUUGUGAUGAUGAUGAAUAUGAUUACGGAUCCUGCAUUAAAUGGAGAAAUCAGUGUUGCAUAUAA